AUGGCAAAGAUCAAGAGGAAGGGCGAGUCUGGCGCGGCCAAGAAUUACGUCACUCGGUCAGCUGCUAUUCGAAAGCUGCAGAUCUCCCUGGCGGACUUCAGGCGGCUGUGCAUUCUGAAGGGUAUCUACCCCCGCGACCCGCUUCACAAGAAGAAGGCCAAUAAGGGCUCGACCGCCCCGACCUCGUUCUACUACACCAAGGACAUCCAGUACUUGCUGCACGAGCCGCUGCUCGACAAGUUCCGGGAGCACAAGGCGUUUGCGAAGAAGUUGGCGAGGGCGGUCGGGAGGCAAGAAUGGGGUUUGGCAAAGAAUUUGGAGGAUGCCAAGCCUGUGUUGAGGCUUGACCACCUUGUCAAGGAGAGAUACCCCACAUUCACCCUCGCGUUACAGGAUCUACAAGACCCGCUCAACCUCGUCCACCUCUUUUCCCGCCUCCCUACCAACCCCAUCCCCGGUAAAACCACCGUCCCCACCGACGCGAUCGCCGACUGCGCGCGGCUCAUCUCCGAGUGGAAGCUUUGGGCGAUCCGUACCCACUCCCUCCAGAAGGUCUUUCUCGGUAUCAAGGGCGUCUACUACGAGUGCGUCGUGCCUUCCAACGGGCAGGACGUCCGUGUGCGCUGGCUCGAGGGAUACGAGUUCCAGCAACACGUACCUACCGAUGUCGAUUUCCGUAUCCUCUUGACGUUCGUCGAGCUGUACCGGGUGCUGCUCGGCUUCACGCUGUUCAAGCUGUACAACGAGGAGAACCUGGUGUACCCCCCACCGCUCGACAAGGCGCUGGAGGAGAAGGGCGAGUCGGUCGGCGCGUACAAGCUGGUCCAGCAGAGUGCGGGGAUCAAGGCGGGCGAGGGGAGCGGAGUGAGCAAGAAGGCGGUCAAGCGGGCGAUCCACGGGAUGGCCACUGCGGGUGUAUCAGGCGAGGCGGAGGAGGAUGUCGACAUGGAUGAGGAUGCGGCGGUGGGAGAGCCGGCAACGGAAGAGCCAACCGAGGACUUUAUCGAGCGUCCAUCCAAGGACGCAACGGACGAUGUCGCCCCCGGAUCCCUUACCACCUACAACACCAUCAUCUCCUCUUCCUCCGCCACCGCUUCAUCCUCCAACCUCCUCUUCUCCCAAUACACCUUCUACCUCUCGCGCGAGAUUUCCGCCCGCACAUGGGAGUUCGUCCUUCGCUCGCUCGGCGCGCGCGUCAUUUCCGCUACGCAGAUGCCGGACCCGUCUGGCUCCGAUGCGGACGCGAACGCUAUCACCCACGUGGUGAUUGACCGGCCGAUGACCGAGGAGCGCAAGCGCGCGAUGGAGAAUGGGCGCAAGUGGGUCUGGAUACAGCCCCAGUGGGUCGCGGACUGCGUGAACAGGGGCAAGGUGUUGGCGCAUGAUGACUAUGCGCCGGGGAAGUUGCUCCCGCCGCAUCUGAGCCCAUGGGAGGGUGAUGGUGAGAUGCAGCGGCCGUGGUUGGACCAGACGACGUUGGCGGAUGGGCCAGCGGCGGGCGAGCGGCCAGAGGUGGAGGAGGAGGAGGAAGAGGAGGACGAAGAGGCGGAUGUGGAUGUAGAGGAGGAGGACAGCGACGACGACGAGGAGUCAACCUCCACCCCCACUUUCCCUCCCGCCCUACUCGCCUCGGCUCAAAAUCCGACCGAUAAAACCCUUCUCCACGCCGCGGAACUCGAGGCUGAAUCCGCCGGAACCUCCUCAUCGGCCUUCCAGGCGCAACUCCAAUCAGCUAUCAAAUCACUCGGGACCGCGCCUGCUCGGAAGGCCGCCGGGUCUGGACCGAGUGGUAAGGGGAAAGCGGGAGAGGAGGAUCUGCGCAAGAUUAUGAUGACCAACAAAAAGGCAAAGCUGUACAAUAAGAUGAAGUAUGGGAAUGCCGAGAGGCAGGCCGAGAAAGAUACACUCGAGACGAAGCGGUUGGCGAUUGAGAAGAGGAAGCGGAAGGAGGCGAGAGCGGCGGGGAAGGCAUGA